AUGGUUCUGCGUACAAGCCGUGGUCCCUUUGUGUUUGACAUUCUGCGUACAAGCCGUGGUCCCUUUGUCUGCGACGUGAAUGGUUUUUCUUUUGUGAAGUCGAGCAUAAAAUAUUACGAAGACUGCAGCAGCAUAAUUCGUUUAUAUUUUUUAAAUAAAUUAGCUGAUAAAUUUGCUAAAGCUGCUCUUGCUGCUGCUGCUUUUUCUCCUACUCCUGCUGCUACUGCUCCUCCUCCUGCUGCUGCUCCUGCUGCUGCUGCUGCUGCUGCUGGUGGCGGUGGUGCUGGUGGUGGUGGUGGUGCUGGUGGUGGUGGUGCUGGCGGUGGUGGUGGUGGUUCUGGUGGUGGUGGGGACGGGGAAGGAGGCGUCGAUGAUACUGGUUCGCAGCAGCCUGCUGCUGCUGCUGCUGCUCCUGCUGCUGCUGCUGCUGCUGAUGCAGCUGAUGCUGCAGUUCCUGCUGCUGCAGUUCCUGCUGCAGCAGAUGGUGAUGCUGCUGUGUGUGUAUUAGAGAAAGCAAAUACUGUUGCAGCAGAAGCUGCAGCAGCAGCAGCACCAGCAGCACCACCAGCAGCAACAGCAGCAGCAGCAGCAGCAGCACAAUCAACGGUGUUGCAGCAGCAGCAGCAGAACUUGGAGCUGUAUCUAGCGCAGCAGCAGCGUCGUUGCCCGCACGAGGAUGCACGCUUGCCUGGUGUGUUUUGGGUACCUGGGGGCCCCCAUGGGGGCCCCCUUCCCCCCCCACUCGUCGAGGAGGAGACAGGAGACAGCAGGAGACGCAUGCCCAGGUGUCUAUGCAUGGCGCUAGAGACAGCUGAGGAGACAGAAGGGAUAGAGGAGGAGCUGCGUACUGUGGUGGUGGUGAUGAGGCACGGAGACAGAAGGCCGAAGCAAAAGCUAAAGUUUUUAUCGAUGCAGCCGCUGCUGCUGCAGUACUUUCAGCAGCAGCAGCAGCAACAAAAAUAUAAAAAAGAAAUCAAAUUAAAAAGCCCAGAAGAACUCCGAGAUCUUCUAGAAAGAAAUACAGAUAUCAUCACUGCACUUGGACGCGAAGUAGCAGCAGCAACGCAGGAGCUGCAGCAGGAGAGAGAGAGUGCUGCAGCAGCAGGCUCUGGGGCUGAAGGCGACGCGGGGACCACUGGUCUCCAGGAGGAGCCAUCGCAGCAGCAGCAGCAGCAGCAGCAGCAGCAGCAGCAGGAGCAAGCUUUAAAGGCUGAGCUGCGGCUGCACAAGCAGCUGCAGAAGGUGCUGCUGCAGGGCGACGGCUUCGCCGGCAUCAACAGAAAGAUACAGCUCAAACCUAAGCGGUGGCUGCGUGAGGAGCAGCCCGCAGCAGCAGCAGCUGUCUCCUCUAGAGACAAACAGCAGCAGCAGCAGCAGCAGCAGCAGCAGCAGCAGCAGGAGGUGGAGCAGCAGCAGCAGCAGCAGCAGCAAGUGGAGCUGAGCCGCAAGGCUUCUGCUGCAAGUGUUGCUGCAGCAGCAACUGUCUCCGCCGGGGUGCUGCGGUCCUGCAGCGUCCCCCUGCUGCCGUCAGCUCCCGUCUGUCUCCUGUCUCCUUCUGCUGCUGCUGCUUCUUUUUCUCUCGCAGAUAAGGCCUUCUAUACCGCAGCAGCAAGCCCCACUGGUCCCCCCAGUGCUGCUGCUGCAGCGGGACCUGCUGCUGCAGCAGCAGCAGCAGCAGCAGCAGCAGCAAACUGGCAAGACAACGCCCAGCGAGGCACAGCACCCAGCAGCAGCCCUGCAGCAAAGCAGUCAUCUCCGCAGGUGAGCAGCAGCAGCAGCGUGAGCAGCAACAACAGCUGGUGCAACACCAGCAGCAGCAGCAGCAACAGCAGCAGCAGCAGCAGCAGCAGCAGCACCAGCAGCAACAGCAGCAAGAAACUCGAGAGCUGUGUUGUUGUAGCUAAGUGGGGGGGAGAGCUCACAGCAAUAGGCAGGAAGCAGGCUGAAGACCUAGGCCAGAGAUUCCGCUACCAGCUCUACCCAGGAGACAGCGCGGGUUUGCUGCGGCUGCACAGCACCUUUCGCCACGACUUUAAAAUAUAUACAAGUGAUGAGGGGAGAGUGUGUGUGCAUGCGCGGUGUGUGGUGCAGGUGCUGAAGCAGUGUCUUGACUUUCUGCUGAAUCUGAACGAGCAGCAGCUGGGGGAGCUCAAGGCGCGUGUCUUGGAGCUCAUAAAGCAGCGACAGCAGCAGCAGCAGCAGCAGCAGCAGCAGCAGCAGGGGCAGGGACAGGAGCAGGAGGGGCUGCUGCAGCUGCAGAAGCCGGAGGAUUCGCAGCCCACAGCAGCAGCAGCAGCAGCAGCAGCACCCGAACCAACAGGGCGGCGGCUGCUGCUAAGCCGGAGGAUUCGCAGCCCACAGCAGCAGCAGCAGCAGCAGCAGCACCCGAACCAACAGCAGCAGCAGCAGCAGCAGCAGCAGGAGAUACUAAUGAGGAGAAGGAUGGUGCAGCAAAGAAGACAGGGGUGUUUGUGA